AUGUUCAAGUUCCUUACCCUCUUCGCUGUUCUGGCUGCUCUGGCCAUUGCUCAACAGCCAAAUCGUAAGAAGCACUCCCCUUAACUCUUCCAUUCGAUUCCUUUUCAGCCGAGCAAAUGAAAUCAGAAUUGACUGCUGCUGGAGUUUCUGCUUCUGGAGUAUCGACCAUUUCUGCUUUCAUGGAGAGCCACAAGCCAGGGAACGGUGCGAAUCAUGAGCAAGGAAAGUCGCAGUUUGACGCGAUGCUCGCCACUUUGUCCGAAUCGGAUCGCAGCGCUUUCCAGAAGGUGAUGGAGAGCAAGCACCCGAAAGGGGGUCCUAAACAUUGA